UCCAGUGCCGUAUGUUGCUGCCGUCGAACCUGUCAGCUCAACAUGUCCUGCUAAGUACACUAAAGUAGGCUGUUUUAAGGAUGACAUGAAACUCCCACGCCCUCUUCCAAAGUUGCUUUUCACCGACCGCGACUCAGCGACUAAGAAGUUUAGUGGUAAAUCAGUCGACUGGCAGGACUGGAAUUCUUACAUUAACGACCUCGUCUGCCGUUGUGCAAAGGAAGCAAAAGUUCGCAAUUAUGCAUAUUUCAGUAUUCAGUUCUACGGCGAGUGUUGGUCUGGUCCACAGGCGCAAGAGACGUACAACAGGGCUGGUGCCAAAAAUACAUGCAUUACGAGUAAUUUUGAGAAGUGCGAUGUUUCUGAUUCAAAGAUAUGCGUUGGAGAAAAGGAAACCAACUUCGUGUAUGAAGUACAAAGAGCAGAGGCUGAGCCAACAUGUGGAGUAGAAUAUCACAAACUCGGAUGUUUCAAAGACAACAAAAAGGGCCCUCGGCUUUUAAAUAAACUCAUAUUAACUGAUCGCGAUUCCAAGUCUCCUGUUUACAGUAAUAUUAAGAUAGACUGGGGGAAUUGGAACGCGUACUUGCCAAAGUUAGCAUGCAGAUGUGCGGAGAAGGCUGCAGACAACAAGUUCACCCAUUUUGGCUUACAGUUUUACGGAGAAUGUUGGUCAGGUCCAGAGGCCGCUGAAACAUAUAACCAACUUGGUCCUGCUUCAGCAGACAGCUGUUUGACCAGCGACUAUCAGCCAUGCCCUGAGGAUCCAAAAUCUACAGACAUAGAGUGUGUAGGAAAACUCUUCGUAAACUAUGUUUACACCAUAAUAAAGAGUGAAGAUGCACGUUGUUCAGUUCCUUUUAAACCUGUUGGCUGCUUUAAGGAUAAUCAGAAGAAGAAUGCUCGACCACUCGGUGAACUGCUUCUUACAUAUCGCGACCGAAAAAGUGCCAAAAAUAACGGAACUGAAAUUAAUUGGGGAGAAUGGGACGUUUACUUGUAUGAGUUGGUGUGUCUCUGUGCCGAGAAGGCAAAGGAAAAGAAAUACUCCCACUUUGGGUUGCAGCAUUACGGUGAGUGCUGGUCGGGGCCUGAAGCAGGCGAAACAUUCAGCAAGGAUGGACCUUCAGAGGCAGAUAAAUGCAUUGGUCGAGGAUUUAAAACAUGUAACGCCUUGGUUGAUGACAUCUGUGUGGGAAGGGAAAAGACUAACUUUGUCUUCUCUCUUUACUAG